UCAAAGUGCGUUCUUCACUGUUUUGGUCCUCACGGUCUUCCGUUCAACAGGAAGCACAAACCAAUGAGUCACCGUACUAGUGUUUGCGAGCGGUUGCAACAGUUUUGUUGAGCCAGUAUAUAGUCUGAUUGUUGUGCGCCACUGGUCUUCAAGAUGUCCGUCAUGCUGGAGAACGAGAACCCCGUGGUGUUCCAGCGGUCCGGAGAGAGGCUGUGGACAGCGGCCGACGAGGACGAGGGGGUCCACGACCCCAUCGACCACAGGGAGGUGUUCGAUUUGAUUCGAUCUAUCAACGACCCAGAACAUCCUCUGUCUCUGGAAGAACUCAAUGUGGUGGAGCAAGUCAGAGUCCAGGUAAACGAUGAAGACAGUACGGUUGGCAUCGAGUUUACUCCCACCAUCCCGCACUGCAGCAUGGCCACUCUCAUCGGCCUUUCCAUCAAAGUCAAGCUGCUUCGCUCGCUGCCAGAGAGGUUCAAAGUGUGUAUCAGACAUAUUCAAGUUAUGUAUCUGAGUGUUGUUCUCUGCUUCCAUCACUGCUGCAGAUUGAUGUUCACAUUACCCCAGGGACUCAUGCUUCAGAGGAUGCAGUAAACAAGCAGCUUGCUGACAAGGAAAGAGUAGCGGCAGCUCUGGAAAACUCCCAGCUACUGGAGGUUGUCAACCAGUGCCUGUCCACCAAGAGUCCCUGACCUGCUGGCUCCCCAUCAGUGACUGCCCACCCCUGUGAUUCUGCUUUCAGGCUGCUUCUGUAACCUGACAUCCAAUCCCAAUCUAACCACAAUAUUUUCCUGAAAAAAAAAAAGAUUAUUUAUUAGCUGACAUGUAUACAGGUUUGUGAAUCUAACUUCUUCAUUUAUUCUUUGUGACAUGCGAGUGAUUUAAAAUGUUAGUGAAUUGGGUUGGAUAUAAUAUUUUAAGAUCAGUUUGUGUAAACUUGCAAUAAAUAAUAUUUUUAAUAUUAAA